UUUUUAAUAUUGAUAUUCUACCGGGGAGGCCUCUUCCAUCGUUCUACCGAGAUCCGAGAGGUGACCGAGCGCAAUGGCGGUCUUCUCCCCCAUACAUCCAGACAGAUCCGCCUCACUCCCGGAACCUGAUCACGGCUCUGGCGAUGACCCUCCUUCUUCCUCCGUCGACUUUGGGAGCCCCGAAACCCUAGCCCAUAUCCGAUCUCUCACCGACGUCGGGGCCAUGACACGCCUCCUCCAUGAAUGCAUCGCCUAUCAGCGUGGUCUCGACCUUCGGCUAGAUUCUCUCCUCUCUCAGCGCACGGAACUAGACCGCCACCUCUUGUCCAUUCAGCGCUCCUCCCACCUCCUCGAUUUAGCCCGCUCCGACGCUGACGUCCUUCUCGACUCUGUCCGAUCUACGGCCAAUCUCGCUGAACAGGUAAGUCGAAAGGUGCGUGAGCUCGAUCUCGCGCAAUCUCGUGUAGAGUCCACUCUGUCCCGCAUCGACGCCAUCGUGGAGCGCUCACACUGCCUCGACGGUGCUCGCCGCGCGCUCGACUCCGAUGACUAUGACUCCGCCGCAAGAUUUAUCCACACAUUCCUCCAGAUCGAUUCCCAGUUCCGUGACUCCGGAUCCGAUCAGCGUGAGCAGCUCCUCGAGUGUAAGCGCCAGCUUGAGUCCAUUGUGCGCAAUCGACUUGCCGCGGCCGUCGAUAAGAGGGAUCAUUCCACGAUCCUCCGCUUCGUCCGUGUAUUUCCUCUGCUUGGUCUUCAGGAAGAAGGCCUUCAGAUCUAUGUCUCUUAUCUCAGAAAGGUCAUUGCUCUCAGAUCAAGGCUAGAAUUUGAGCAUCUGACGGAGUUUACGGGGCAGGAUAGUCACAUUAACUCCAACUCAGGGCAAGGAGGCGCUAAUUUUGUUUCCUGCCUCACUAAUCUGUUCAAAGACAUUGUUCUUGCCGUGGAAGAGAAUGAUGAGGUCCUGCGCAGCCUUUGUGGUGAAGAUGGGAUUGUCUAUGCCAUUUGUGAGCUACAAGAGGAGUGCGACUCUCGGGGCACUCAGAUAUUAAAGAAGUACAUGGACUACAGAAAGCUUUCACGCCUUACCUCCGAGAUCAAUUCCUACAGCAAGAACUUGAUAUCUGUUGGUUCUACCGAAGGUCCGGAUCCAAGAGUGGUGGAGAUGUAUCUGGAGGAAAUCCUCUCGCUCACGCAGCUGGGAGAGGAUUACAUUGAGUUCAUGGUGUCAAAGAUCAGGGAAUUGCGUUCUGUGGAUCCUGAAUUGGGUCCUCGAGCUACAAAGGCCUUUAGGAGUGGGAGCUUCAAUAGAGUGGUGCAGGAUCUAACCGGUUUCUAUGUGAUACUUGAAGAGUUCUUCAUGGUGGAGAAUGUGCGGAAGGCGAUAAACAUUGACGAGCAUGUGCCUGAUAGUCUCACUACUUCAAUGGUGGAUGACGUGUUCUAUGUACUUCAGAGCUGUUGCAGGAGAGCUAUCUCCACUGGGAGUAGUAAUUCGGUCCUUGCCUUACUGAGUGGAGCGAUCAACCUUCUUACAAAUGAGUACGAGGAUGCUCUACAGCAAAAGUUGAGGGAGCCCAACUUAGGUUCCAAACUAUUAUUGGGCGGGUUUGGAGCGCAAAAGACAGGAACAGAGAUUGCUGCUGCUUUGAACAACUUGGAUAUCAGCGCAGAAUAUGUCUUGAAACUCCGUCAUGAAAUUGAAGAGCAGUGCGCAGAGGUAUUCCCUGCACCUGCUGACAGGGAGAAAGUUAAAUCCUGCUUGUCUGAGCUGGGAGAAAUAAGCAGCACCUACAAGAGAAUCCUAAGUUCCAGAUUGGAUCAGCUUAUGGCGAGCAUCUCGCCUCGCAUCCGUCCCGUUCUCGACUCAGUUGCAACUAUCAGCUACGAACUCUCGGAUGCUGAUUACGAGGAUAAUGAGAUGAAUGACCCAUGGGUUCAGAAGCUUCUCCAUGCAAUCGAGACUAAUAUAGCGUGGCUGCAACCAAUAAUGACCUCGAACAACUACGACUCGUUUCUUCAUCUAGUGAUCGAUUUCACCGUCAAGCGGCUCGAUGUGAUCAUGAUGCAGAAACGAUUCAGCCAGCUCGGUGGACUCCAGCUCGAUCGGGAAGUGCGAGCUCUGGUCAAUCAUUUCUCUGAGAUGUCGCAGAGGCCUGUGAGGGAUAAGUUUGCACGGCUCUCACAGAUGACAACUAUCUUAAACUUUGAAAGGGUUUCUGAGAUAUUGGAUUUCUGGGGAGAGAAUGCUGGGCACAUGACAUGGUUGCUUACACCUGCUGAUGUGAGGAGGGUUUUGGGUCUCAGAAUUGACUUCAAACCUGAAGCUAUUGCUGCUCUCAGGGUGGGGGGAAUAAUAUGAAGCAGAGAGCAAGCACUGUCAAGGUGCAUCAAACUAUUGAACUUAACGUCGAGGGAAGGCAUCAGCGGCAGCAGCCGAUUCCAUCAUCGAUAAUGACAGUGAUCAUGUAGAAGAGGCUGGAGGAUGAAAGCGAACGUGAAUGGAGGGAGAAUCUAAGACUUGAUAAAACUCAAAACUGAUGGCGGA